UAAAUUAAUUAAACUCAAUACAUUUCAAUGUGUGCGUAACACAAACGAUACGAUUUUAACAGCAGUGUGUUAGCAUAACAGCAAACAGCUUCGUUGCAGGUUUAAGCUAGUAAACGAAUUAAGCAAACUACAGCAAAAAAUAAAUUAAAAAUGAAAUGAGAUUGUAAUCAGCAGAAAAGCCUAGAAGCAAUGGCCAGCAAUGCAGCUGCCGCUGGCGUCGGCGCAGCUGCUGCUGGCAGCAGCCAUACGCAUGCUGUAUGCGUCUGGGAGUUUGAAUCACGCGGCGGCAAAUGGUUACCCUACUCCCCGGCAGUAUCGCAGCAUUUGGAGCGUGCGCAUGCGAAAAAGCUAACGCGUGUUAUGCUCAGCGAUGCCGAUCCCAGUUUGGAGCAGUAUUAUGUAAAUGUGCGCACCAUGACCCAGGAGACAGAUGCCGAAAGGGCAGUGGAAACCAUAGGUGUGCGGCGCAUGCUCUAUGCGCCCAGCAGUCCGGCAGGCAAGGGCACCAAAUGGGAGUGGUGCGGCGGCAGCACGGAUAGCAAUUGUGAUUGGCGGCCAUACAACAUGCAUGUGCAGUGCAUCAUAGAGGAUGCCUGGGCACGCGGUGAGCAAACUCUGGAUUUGUGCCACACCAACAUUAGCCUGCCUUAUACGAUAAACUUUUGCAAUCUAACGCAAAUGCGUCAGCCCAGCGGACCACUGCGCAGCAUACGCCGCACACAACAAGCGCCAUAUCCCUUGGUUAAGCUAACGCCGCAGCAGGCAUUGCAGUUUAAGAGUCCUGCAAAUGUGCAGGAUUAUCAGCAGCGCAGCAAUACGCUGCCCAAGCAUCGACAGCCGCAGCCAUUGCCGAUGUGCGCGCAGCAACAACAACAGCAGCAACAUGCGCAGCAGCAGCAACAACAUGCACAACAGCAUGCACAUCAACAACAGCAGCAGCAGCAGCAGCAGCAACAACAUGCACAACAGCAGCAACAUGCGCAACAUGCACAACAGCAGCAGCAGCCACGCAGCAAGCCGCCCAAGAAGCACAGCGAAAUUUCUACUACAAACUUGCGUCAGAUACUCAACAAUCUCAAUAUUUUUGGCAGCAGCAGCAAGCACAGCAGCAGCAGCAGCGCCAAUAGCAAUCACAAUCACAAUCAUCAUCAUCAUGGCACAGUUGCUGCUACUGGUUCGACGCUGCAUUUGUUGCAGCAUCAAGCGCAUUUUGCGCCUGGCAACAAGUGCAUGUUGACUGCCUCCAUGAACAGUCAUCAUAGUCGCUGCUCGGAGGGCUCGCUGCAGUCGCAGCGCAGCAGCCGCAUGGGCUCGCAUCGUUCGCGCUCACGCACGCGCACUUCGGAUACGGAUACCAAUAGCGUCAAGUCGCAUCGACGUCGUCCUAGCGUAGAUACUGUUUCCACAUACUUAAGCCAUGAGAGCAAGGAAAGUUUACGCAGUCGUAAUUUUGCCAUAUCAGUUAAUGAUCUAUUGGAUUGUUCGCUGGGAAGCGAUGAGGUCUUUGUGCCAUCAUUGCCGCCUUCAUCGUUGGGUGAACGUGCGCCUGUGCCGCCACCACUGCCCUUGCCACACCAUCAGCAGCAGCAGCAACAACAGCAGCAGCAGCAGCAACAACAACAACAGCAGCAGCAACAACAAUCAAUCGCUGGUUCGAUUGUGGGCGUGGACCCAGCCAGCGAUAUGAUAUCGCGUUUUGUCAAAGUCGUUGAGCCACCUCUGUGGCCCAAUGCCCAGCCCUGUCCCAUGUGCAUGGAGGAACUGGUGCACUCGGCUCAGAAUCCAGCCAUAUCGCUUAGUCGCUGCCAGCAUCUGAUGCAUCUGCAGUGCCUCAACGGCAUGAUUAUUGCCCAGCAAAAUGAACUCAAUAAGCAAAAUCUGUUUAUUGAGUGUCCCGUCUGCGGCAUUGUCUAUGGCGAAAAGGUGGGCAAUCAGCCCAUUGGCAGCAUGUCCUGGAGCAUCAUAAGCAAAAGUCUGCCGGGACACGAAGGACAAAAUACCAUACAAAUUGUCUACGACAUUGCCUCGGGACUGCAGACAGCAGAGCAUCCGCAUCCAGGACGCGCCUUCUUUGCCGUAGGCUUUCCACGCAUUUGUUAUCUGCCCGAUUGUCCGCUGGGGCGCAAAGUGUUGCGUUUUCUCAAAAUUGCCUUUGAUCGUCGCUUGUUAUUUUCCAUAGGACGUUCAGUGACCACGGGACGCGAGGAUGUGGUUAUUUGGAAUAGCGUAGAUCACAAGACGCAGUUCAAUAUGUUUCCGGAUCCCACCUACUUGCAACGCACCAUGCAGCAGCUGGUGCAUCUAGGCGUUACGGACUAAAACGCAAUUUAAAUUUAAUAGUAGUUUUAGUAUUUCAUUUUCUCAAGCAUAAUCUCAGUGUGUGUGCAAUUCUUGUUUUUUUUUUUAUGCUAUAUAUAUAUAUACAUAUAUAUAUAAUUUUUACAAUUGAUGUCCGCCAACGUUCGAGCUGCUCGAACCCUAAACAAUUGCAAACGCCCACAACUUCCUUUUAAAUAUUAUAAACAGCAUCUGUUCUUCCAAUAUGUUAAGUGCUUAAAUAAUUAGUUAGUUUAGUUUAGAACAUAAUUAAGGCCAUUGCUAAACAAAUGAUAAACUACUAAUUGCCACACAAGAAACAAAUUCCAUAUAACUCUAUAUAUAUAUGCUAUAUAGACAACAAACUAUUAGUAUUAGUAUUAACGCGUGCGAUUUUAUAAAUAUAUAUUUAAUUUAAAUACUUAUGCUAAGCCGUGCCAAAAUUGUAUAAGACAAACGCAAUUAUGUUUGUUUUUGUGUUAAGCAAUGUCGUAACUGGAAUUUCUUCACUUGAGACUUUAAAAAACAAUUAGUUUAAAUUUUAAAUUGAUUAAUGUGCA